GUCGAAUUAGGCAGUACAUUUCAGUAGUUGGAUAGGUGUAAAACAUCAUAUAAUAUACAACUGAUAAUAUGAUAAAUAUUACAACUUUUGUUUUGCUUAGUCUAGUAGUGUUUGCAGCGUGUGCUGACAAUAAUGAACCUGACAAAAAAGACAUUUCAGAGAAUGUCCCAGUGACCACCCCGAGUGGGGUCGAAAAGCUAAAACAAACCGAACAAGACGACCAUGAAAGCGUUGAGAACGAAUCGAGUAUCACCGACCAAUCAAGUGAAGAAAGCGAAGAAGAUAUCUGGCCUGCGAGAAAGGGAAAACUGUAUUACCAGAAGAAUAGACCGAAUGUUUACCCGGGUUGGGGCUUGCCAAACUGGGGAUACGACAAUUGGAAUGCAUACGGAGUUGGCGGCUACGAUCAGCCAAUGUAUAACAGUCCACAAGGAUACAACUACCGGUAUAGAUAUCAAAACCGCGGAAGACCAUUUACAAUGCCACCUCAGCCAUUCUACAAUGGUGACAUGAUGAAUUACGACAACGUUAUGGAUCCGUAUGGAAACAUCAAUUCGUUUGACAACGGAUACAACAACAAACGUAGGGGAAACAAGAAAGCCAAGAUUGGAGGUCAUAAUGUUUCAGAAGUGGAAGAAAAUGGUUUAGGUGUAGAAUUUACCGACGACGGAGGAAAUCAAAAUGUUAAUGUAGACAUAACCAGCGAUGAAAAACACUACAACGGCGGUGGACUUACGAUCGACGGCAAAAUAAUUCCAGGCCAUGUAUUUAGAAAUCAAGAUAUAAGCAUAGACAGAACUGCCGACGGUCUCAUGAUCAACGGUAGGAAAGUACCUGGGGUCAAUGCAUAUGACAGCAUAGAGAUCGAUUGGAACCAAGACGGAGGAGUCGUUGUGAACGGUGAAAAAAAAGAAGGAUUCCAAGACAUAAAAGGAAAAGGAAGAACCCUGUUGGGAUCAAAAUUAAAUCAAACUAAUGUUGACGGGGUGAGUCAAGUCAAUACUGGAAAGCAGUCAAAUUAUAGUUGUUGUUGCUGCUACAGACUCGUCCUAAGAUGGAAAAAUUGAGGAAACAAAUGAUCUGACUGAAGAUAAACAAAAUUCAACACAAGUCUUUAAUUUCGUAUCUAUAAAAUAUAAUGAUUAAAUACUUGCUGCUUAAAAUAUAUUAUAAUUAAAAAGAAAAUGUAUUUUAAAAUGUCUUAAAACUGUAUACGUUGAAUCUUCAAAAAAAAAAUUAAAACUAUGUAAACUUAA